UGGCAGUAGGUGACGCUGCCCGGAAGUGAGCUGGCGCUGUCGCCGUGGUACGGCGGACCCGGAAGUGCAGCAGGGCCGGGAGAAAUGGCGGUGGAUGCGGGAGCUGGGGACGAGGAGAGGGAUAUGAAGCAGCUGCAGACGGAAAUGAGGGAGCCGGGAAGUCCACAAGGGAGAAGCUCUGGAGACAGGGUAAAUCGUCGCCUCAAGUACCUGAGCUUGGCUGUGUUGGUGGUGCAGAAUGCAUCCCUCAUCCUCAGCAUCCGAUAUGCCCGCACCCUGCCCGGGGAUCGCUUCUUCUCUACUACUGCAGUGGUCAUGGCAGAAGUUCUGAAGGGCAUCACUUGCCUGAUCCUCAUGUUGGCACAGAAAAGAGGCAAUGUCAAGGAACUGGUUGUGUAUCUCUACGAUGCCAUCAUUAUUCAGUAUAUGGACACGCUAAAGCUGGCAGUGCCCUCACUUAUAUACACAUUACAGAAUAACCUUCAGUAUGUGGCAAUAUCGAACCUUCCGGCAGCCACCUUUCAGGUUACUUAUCAGCUGAAGAUUUUGACCACAGCUCUGUUUUCUGUCCUCCUUCUGAGAAAAAGCUUGUCACGGCUCCAGUGGGGGUCCCUGGUUAUACUCUUUGCUGGGGUGGCCAUCGUGCAGUCUGAGCAGUCUGGUGGAAAGGAAACCAUAUCGGUGACUGGACAGAGCUACGUAGUAGGCCUGAUCGCUGUAGCUAUAUCCUGCCUGUCCUCUGGCUUUGCAGGAGUUUACUUUGAACGCAUCCUGAAAGGCAGCUCGGCUUCAGUAUGGCUGCGUAACAUCCAACUUGGCAUCUUUGGCACAGCUCUGGGACUUUUGGCCAUGUGGCAGCAGGAUGGAGCUGCUGUAGCUGAACGUGGCUUCUUUUUUGGAUACACACCACUGGUCUGGUGCGUCAUUUUCAACCAGGCCUUUGGAGGGCUCCUAGUAGCCGUGGUGGUGAAAUAUGCUGACAACAUCCUGAAAGGCUUCGCCACAUCGCUGUCCAUUGUGGUCUCCACUGCAGCCUCUGUCCACCUGUUUGGAUUUAGCAUAGACCUUCCUUUCGCAGUGGGAGCUGGCCUGGUCAUAGGGGCAGUAUAUUUAUACAGCCUACCAAGGACACCUGAUCCUGCCUCGUCUAGUGUCAAUCAGACUUCCUCACAAAAGGAGGCCUUUUUACCAAAGACCAUUUCAAAACAGAAAGGCUCUUGAACACCAUGGAUGUCCAGAGAAGUACGGCGUGCGCCUGUUUUACCAACACAUGUCAAAGUGUAUUGCAUGGACUUGCUGAAAUCUUUGACUUUAGACUGUUACAAACACAAUUGGAAGAAUCCAUGCCGCCAAGGAAUGUCUGUUUGUAGGUACCAAACAAAACCAAAAUUCCAAGCAGUUCCAACUUUAGAAAACGUGUAACUGUUUACUCAUUGGUGUUAACAUUCAUUAUAAUAUAUAGAUAACGAAAAAUGGGGUUGUGGGGCAGCUGGUAUGUGUUAUAUUUGCCACACCUUUAAAGGGGUUGUAAAGGAAUAUUUU